UUAAAUUAAUAAUAUUUAAGAAUUAGCAAGUAACUUUUGUUUCAUGAUCACCAACGGAUCAUCAUAACAAAACAACACAAACGCCAUAUUGGAUUAGAGCGUCUUAAGUCAGUCGAACCACCCGUCUUAAGACCGAUUUGUCUUUUUCAACGUAAGUGUUUCAGUUGAAUUGAAACUUACGAGAUUUCCCAUCAUGCAUUGCGAAAGUUACGAUUUCACCCGUCUUAAGACAGUCGAUGUUGCAGUUGAAUUCCAUCCUAAAACGAACAAGCAAUGACACGCAAUUCUGGAGAUGCCGGCAUUUGAGGCCACAUUGCGGAGCUAGGUUCCGCAUUAAAGAUGAUACGAUAAUUUUAAAGGAAGGAGAGCAUAACCAUGCGGAUGAUUCUGAAAAGAUUAAGUAUAUGACCUUUUCUGAAGACAUGGAGCAACAAGCUGUUGAGAGAAUUACAACACCUGUUAAACGUUUGUACGAUGAAGCUGUGGGUAAGCAUGCGUUGUCCCUGAAGGCUGCUGCCGCAAUUCCCAGAUUUUCCUCACUUUCAAAAAAAAUGUAUAGAUCCCGUCAUUCAACGAUGCCUGCCUUGCCACAUUCUGUGGAUGAUAUUAAUCUCCCAGAAGAGUGGCAAAGAACGACAGGCGGAAAUAAAUUCCUGUUGAUUGACAAUGGGCAGGGAUCUGAAAGAUUUCUGGUGCAAAAAUUGGGGCUUGUCCAUCAAUACAAGCACGACCCACAAACCACCAGGUGGGUUCGUCGACUAGUGGCUUUGCCACUAGUCCCUCCCAAAGAGAUGGGCAAUGCUUGGAUCUGGCUGGAACAUGAUGCUCCUCCAGGGAAUGCCACACAUCGCAUGAACCAGUACAUUAUCAAAACCUAUUUGGAUGACUCGGAUGCUGCAUUUCACAUGUCCAUAUGGAAUCACUAUGAGAGUGGAAAUGAGAGAACGAAUAAUAACCUUGAGGGGUGGCACUCUAAGAUAAACAAACGUGCCUCAUCUCGGCUUAAUAUUUUCGCAAUGAUAACAUUAUUGCGAAGUAUUCAGGCCGAGACUGAGGGACAAAUUAUGAUGUUAAAUGUUGGGCGAGGAGUGGAAAAUUAUCUAGAUCAUGUUUCCCACUUGUGUCCACAAGUGGGAAAUAAGCCUUAAAACUAUUAUUAGAGCUAGAAUGCUGGUGACUUUUUUUUUUUUUGUAUUUUGGUUUUUUUUUUUAGCUAUGUUUUUC